ACCACCUAUCAGACAUCAAUGCACAUGGAAGUAUCUUAGAAACCAUGUGGGUGCAGGUCUCAAGUCAAACAAGAUAGUGAUCAGGAGCCAAUGACUAUAGCACAUACUUAAUACAUUAAACAAUUAGUCCUACUUAAUACAUUUGAUAGAAGUCAUUUGCUUUUGCUUCUUGUCUAAGAAAAAAGUCAACUAGUUGGAACUCCAAAUUUCAAUUAUGAGUGAAGAAGGCAAGGACAGGCAUCAUCAUCACUACCACCACCACCACUAUCACCAUGAGACAAGCCAACCACCACUACCAUCAGUAGCUGAUGAAUAUGGUACUUUCCAAGCACUUUCUAAACCUGCAGUAACUGGUUUCCCUCAGCCAGUUCCUCCACCUGGGGCACUUGAACCUGCUGAAUACUAUGCUCGUGGCUAUCAGUCUGUUCCUGUUUAUGUGGCUGAUGAAAAGGGAGCUGUGAGUGAGCCUCCCCUUCCUUGCUGUGGUAUUGGUCUUGGCUGGUUCUUGUUCAUUAUUGGUUUCUUUCUUCCUGCCAUCCCUUGGUAUGUUGCUGCAUUUACCCUGCUUUGCGCCAGAUCAGUUGAUCAUCGAGAGAAACCAGGAUACGUUGCAUGCUCCAUUGCUGCUGUUCUCGCUACAAUUGGCAUCAUAUUUGACUGGACAAUGAUGUUAUCAGGAAGGUGGUGAUCAACUUUUGGGCUAGGGUUCUUCUUCCGAACCCCCUUCAGCAGAGAAUUAUACUAUAUAUACAUGAUUAAAAUUAUUUUUUAUGUAUAUAUAAUAUAUGUUGAACCUCCUUUUGUUUGUUCGUAUGUUUACUUGUGAACUUCUUUGUGAAAAUCCUGAUUCCGCCACUGGUUCUUCUAGCUAGGUGGCUUUUAUUAAAUGCACUUUAUUGAGAA